AUGGAAGAUGUUGGGGCGGAGGGCAGGGCCGAGGUGGCAGAGGAAGGAUCCUGGAAGAAUGGCGAUCAGCCCAGGAACAGAGAGUCCUGGAAGCAAGGGGGCAGCACGCCACUGUGUUUCCGUCUGGACAGCUCACUGGUCGGCAUGGUCAUAGGACGUGGAGGAGCUAAAAUAAAGGAACUCGAAGAGUUAUCUGGUGCAAGGAUAAAAAUUGUAAAUGAUAGCUAUGACUCUGAGGUCAAAUUAUUUGGCACAAGGGAUCAGCAAGAUAAAGCAAAGGAACUGAUAAAUGAUCUUGUCAAAAGUUCAAGAAAAGAAGCGGUUUAUGAGUACAGCGAAAUCCCUGAUUCCCCAGAGAGCAGCACUCCUCCACGUGUGACAGAGAAGCAGUUUGUUCAAAUUGACUGGGCUUCUGCUAAUAAACAAGCAGCAAUAUAUGAAGUCCUAAAGUGGAGAAAAGAAAAUAACAUAUUGUGCAAUGAUUUAAAAGAAAAUGGACAGUGA